AUGGAGGAAGCGAAGAACAUGGCGUUGCUGUUCUUUAUGGAUCAUCUGAUGCAGAAGAACGGUCGACGAACGAUUCACGAUCUGAGCUGUCAAUUUGGUGCUCGCGGUUUCUCAGAAGAGAUGCGAAAUGCGGUGGGCACCACCCAGGAAGGCCUUACCGAGUUUCUUCAGCAGCACCCAUCCCUCUUUACUUUGGAGGGAGAUCAGGUGAUUCUGAAUGGCUUCGGCGACAUCACCGCGAAAAAUAAUCCGCUUCUGCAAUCGGCAUCAAGAAAUCGUGACUACGAAAAGGAAGCCGUGGAGUUUUUCGUGAUGAAGCUCACUAAAUUUGGACCCGAAUUGCAGAUCAAAUCGUUGUUGGGACAUCGUUCACAAGCCGCGCCAGAGGUCCGCCUUGUCUCUGGACGUCAUCUGAAGGAGUUCUGCGAGUUCUUGCAGUCGCAAACGGAGCACUUCGUCGUAGAGGGCGACCGUGUACGCCUAAAGAACAUGCCCGAACCAGACGAUAAUGCCAUCGAACUGGACGACGAGGGUAAGCCUCUGGCAGGUGUGAAAGCCAAGCAGGCGGCUGUGGAGUACUUGAAAAGCGUGCUUGAACAGAACGAGGACCAGCCAAUUCCCCUGGAUGUGUUCUAUCAGCGAUUUUGCCAGCGAUUUUCACAUUCGAUUCGUCAAGACGUUGCGACGAAUCCGAAAGAGCUGCUGCAAUUCCUCAAGCUCAAUCGCGGACUAUUCUUCAUCAGAAGUAAUAAGGUGACCCUGGUAAAAAAUCGUCCAUCGGAAGAUGGCAGUGAGAACGGCUCGGAUGAAGGUGAUCUGGAAAGUAACAACAACAGCGUGUUCCCUCUGGACCAAAAUGCUCUGGCACGGAUUCACUUUGUGAAAGCCUUGAAACCAGCUCAGGAGCUCGUGGAACGACUGCUACAAGAUAUCCACAAUCAAGAACGCAAAAUUGUUGGUCUCGACUUCAAGACGGUCACUGUGGGAAUCGACGGCGAGCUCUUCCUUUCCUUAUGUGAGUUUAUCGGGGUCCCUCCUUGGGAAUCGAAUCGCCUCCAUCGUUCUGCCUUUCCUCACUGCGUUUGUUCUCCAUAG